AUGGUUCGGCUUUUGAGGGGGCAUUGGAAGUGCACUCAAGUAGGUGGGGCUUUUAACCCCAAAGUGGAAAUUCUAUAUGCUUGGUCAUGGCAUUUGGGGACAACUGGAAGUCCCCAUUAUUUGGUCAUGGAUUUUGAGGGUGUGAUGGAAUGCCCUCAACGAUUGGUUUCAGUAGCAUUGACUGUGGUGGUAAUAAUAGCAGGAGUUGCAGAGUAUGGCGGUGUGGGUGCUCAAUCUUCAGGGUGUGCAACUUCUCUGGCAACAUUGUCUCCCUGUGUGUGCAGAGCAGUGCAAUGCCAGCUGUUCACUACCACCAAUCCGCUGGGCAUUCCUAUUAACCAAACAAAGGUUCUGGCUCUACCAGGCGCUUGCAAAGUCACCACUCCACCUCUCAGUCAAUGCAAUGCUGCAGGAGCUCCAGCUGCUUCUCCAUCUACAGGUUCUAAUGCACCAACAGCAACAGAAACUUCUCCUGCAUCUCCUUCAUCUUCCCCUGCAACUCCAAAUGCAGUGUCUCCCUCAUCUAACUUACCAUCUUUACUUCCUCCCACAGCUUCUGUAGGAGGUAUUUCACCAACAGCCAGCGAGAAACCAACAUCUGAGGCAGGAGCCCUUUUUACACCAUCCACCAUUAUCAGUACUUUAGCAGUAGCAAUGGUAGCGAUCAGUAUUUGUUGAACAUAUUUCUUAUAUAUCUGGUGUUGGAUAUUCUAAGAUGGACCUGAGUGUAUAUUGUGGAGGACAUAGAAGUCUUUCAGCGACUUCCUGCUAUUUGGGGAGUCAUCUACUGGAAUUGUAUUCUUUAUGGUUUUGUGUGCUCUGUGCACAGCAUUACAUUGGUAAUGUUUUGUAGCUAUAUUUUUUGUCCUUUAACUAAAUAAGGAUAUAUGAAUCCACUGUAAAUGUCCAGACCGUUGGACCUACUGAAUCAUAUUUUUGUAUGAUGUAACAUAUUUUUUUA